AUGAUCGCAUUGCCCUUCCUCUUUGGCACGGCUGCGGCCGCUAUCUACGACAACCCUCUGGCCACUGUCCCAGGACAACAGGAUGCAAUCCCCAAUUGGGACUUUCAACAAUUGCACAAAGUCUCCAAAAGCCCUGCUGCCCUUUCCGAGCUGGGCAUCGACACUUCGUCCUGGCAUCAUGCGUCUGUAUCCCGAUGUACCUUGAUGGCCUGCCUCUUGGUCGAAGGCACCUAUUCCACAGAUGGGCCUGAUGGGCUCUGGUACUCUGAUAACCUUGACCACUUCGACCAGAGCCCAUUCCAUGUUCCCUGGGUGUAUCGGAACCAAUUCAGCUUGUCAACUGGGUACGUGUCAUCAGAGCACCAUUACUUCCUUCAAACCAACGGAAUCACCCCCGCUGCAGACUUGUUCUUCAAUGGCAAGCAAAUCGCCGACAACGUCACCCAGUCUGGUUCUUACGGCGGCCAUACGUUUGAUAUCACGCCUCUUGCACGAAAGGAAAAUGCACUUGUAGUCAAGGUCUAUCCUACAAACUAUCAAGACCACUUGGCCGUCGGAUUUGUUGAUUGGAACCCUUAUCCGCCUGAUAAUGGCACUGGAGUCUGGAGGGAGAUCACUAUCAAACAGACAGGCGACGUCUUUAUGGGUCCAGUAAGCGUGCUCAUUGAUAUGGAUACACCGACGAAGGAGAACAAAAACCUUCACGCGGACGUCACCAUCAAAGCUCAGGCCCGAAACCUGAGCAAAAAGCUAGUCAAGUUUAUCGCUAGAGCCGAGAUUAGGACUCCAGGCGGCAAACGCCUUAAGGUACUUACCAAAGCUAUUCACCUCGGGGCCAAGGACUCAACAAUGGUUGAGUUUCCGGCAAAGAUUCAAGAUCCACAAGUUUGGUGGCCAGCAGCUUGGGGUGAACAACCACUGUACUCGGUCCAGCUGACAUACUCUAUCGGGUUCGACACUUCAGACAUCAGCCCUCGUACCAAUUUUGGCAUCCGAACCAUCUCAUCUGAGCUCAAUGCGCACAACGACACUUUGUUCAAAGUGAACGGCUAUCCAAUCCAGAUCAGAGGCGGCGGCUAUACAUCUGACAUGUUUCUACGCUGGGACCCUCAACGAUUUGGACAUAUAGCACGCUAUGUCCUGGACAUGGGUAUGAAUGCUAUCCGCCUGGAAGGCAAGAUGGAGCAUCCCGAACUCUACGACAUUGCUGACAAACUCGGUAUCAUGAUCAUCGCUGGUUGGGAGUGCUGCGAUCGGUGGGAGGCUUGGCUGUACAAUGACGACAUUUCCCAGAACCCUCCCCAAAAAUGGUCCGAGGUUGACUACGAGACGGCCAACGCUUCCAUAAGACACGAGGCGGCCAUGAUGCAAACUCAUCCAAGUAUGAUCGCCUUCUUAGUGGGCAGCGACUAUUGGCCUGAUGACCGGGCCACGGCGAUAUACCUUGAUGGCUUACAUGACGCUGGAUGGCAAGUCCCCAUCAUCUCUUCGGCUGCGAAGCGUGGUUAUCCAAAGGCCCUUGGCCCCUCCGGAAUGAAGAUGGAGGGGCCUUAUGAUUGGGUUCCACCUGUCUAUUGGUUUGACAGAGAACCGACAGACAACAGGUCGGGAUCCUCUUUUGGAUUCGGAAGCGAGCUAGGCGCCGGCGUCGGAACACCUACUAAAGGAAGUCUCACCAAGUUUCUAACGGACAAGGACAUGGAGGACUUAUGGAAAAAUCCAAACAAGGGCCUCUAUCACAUGUCACAAAAUACCUCACAGUUCUACGAUCGGUCGAUUUACAACAAGGCGCUGUUUGCUCGGUACGGCAAGCCUACAUCUCUAGACGACUACCUGAUGAAGGCACAGAUGAUGGACUACGAAGCAAUACGUUCCGAGUUUGAGGGUUGGGCAAGCCAAUGGAGCGCUUCACGUUCGGCUACUGGUCUCAUCUAUUGGAUGCUGAAUAACGCCUGGCCGAGUCUCCAUUGGAACCAAUUUGACUACUAUCUCCACCCUGCUGGAUCGUAUUUUGGCACCAAGAUUGCCAAUCGUGUUGAACAUGUAGCCUUCGAUUACUUCAAGAGCUUUAUCUGGAUCAUCAAUCAGUCCCUUGAUCAAUCAGGUCCGCGCUCAGUACAUGUCGACUUGGUGGAUUUGAAGGGGAACCAUAUCUCUCAACAGAAUCUUCACUGCACCACAGAGCCCAAUAAAUCCCAAAGGAUUGGCGAUAUAAGCAGCGCCAUCAGGAAUAUUACUGAUGUCGGCGUGCUUCGCCUACUCCUUGUUGACGAUGAUAGCGAGAAAGUACUCAGCCGCAACGCGUUCUGGCUAUCCAAACAGAAGGAUGUAGUGGACUGGACUACCACUACGUGGUAUUCUGUCGAUGUCAAGCAGUCGGCCAACUUCACUGCGCUGAACAAGAUGGAUCAAGCGACCAUCACAGUAUCAGCUUCUAAGAACAAGACUUCUGGAGAUUGGAAGCUCCGAGUUGAGAACAAUGCUACAGUCCCCGCGGUGUUUGUCCAGCUCAACCUAGUAGGUAAAAAUGGCGACGAUGUUACUCCGCUGACGUGGUCGGACAACUAUUUCACUUUACUUCCACGUGAAUCGAUAGAAGUCGUACUCACCGACUGGUCGGGUAAAGGUGCUAUGGUACAAGUCGAUGGCAAGAAUGUGAAAACGUCUUGGAUCAAGCUGUGCUAA